AUGUCUGAACAGGGGGACUGGGAAAUUUUUUCAGGCGGAUACGAUGCGUAUAUCUGCGAAUUACAGGAGUUGAUCAGUUCAGAGAAGAUGGAAACCUUGACGAAAGCCCGAUCUGAUAAUCUUUCGAAAAAAGACGCAUUCCUUAGGGAAUUGACAUCCAACCAGUACCAUCAGGAGCAGAAAGGGAAAUUGUCGCUCGAACAGCGCCGUCAGGCGCGCACGCCACCCGGCGCCAAGUUGCCACCCGCGGACAUCGACCCCAAGACCGCCGAAGAGGAGUACGGUUUCGGCUGGUACUUGGUGCCCCAGACUCUGCACAAGCGGAUGUGGCUCACUGCGCUCUACUAUGAGUCUCACAGAAGCGACCUCCCGCCCCCAAACGGGCCGCGCGGGCUAUUCUCGGCGGACGACCUCAGAAGGUCCAUUCAGGGGAUGAUGGCAAUGUUCGUUACACCCUCACCUGCAGGCACGUUUACCUGCGUCGGAGAGGACCUUGAGCCACUGCCUCCGCGUUCAUGGCAAGGAAUCGUCGCAUACGGAUUCUUUGAUCCCAAGAACAAGUAUCGCAUCGUGGAGUCGGCAACGCAGGCAGAUAUAGAUCUGAUGACGAAGUUCUACGACAUGGAGCCCCGGUGGAUCAUGCUGAGCAAGUCAGGAGGGAAGUCGAUGGUGGAGGAGGUUUACCAGGAGCCGGAACCGAUCGGCAGACUGGUACCUUACGAAGACCCAGAGGAUGACGAUGAGAAGAGAAGAAGACGAAGAAGAUGUAGAAGAGAAGAAGACGAAGAAGACGAAGAAACAGAGGGGAACGAGAUCUGA